UCUUUUCUAUGCCAUACAACAGACCAUAAGCGCACAUACUAUCGUUUAAAUAAAAUGUUGCCAUUCAAUUUUCUAGUUAUGUGUAUCUGGCAACAGCUCAUGACAGCAGGCAGCUUGUUUUCUCUCCCCAGCCGGCUGGCUAGUUUUUGCAACAUAUGAAAAACGAAGAGCAAAAAAAUAAAAAUUAUUAAAUUAAUUAGUGAAAAAUUUAUUAAACAUCUAACAAAAUGUUUGGAACACUAAACAAUUACCUUAGCAGUGUUCACCGGGCAUGGACGAAUGGCGAUGGUGAUACAUUAGCUUCGUACAUUUCCUUGAAAGACAAGCAUAUCAUGAAUCGAAAUCUUUAUGUGGAAAUGCCAGAAAAUGCCAUCAAUCGUCUUUUAGAAUCACCCAUCGAUGAAAUUAUAUGCGCACAUCUGAAAGUUCUAUUCUACUUGGGCCUGGAACCCCGGGACUUUAUGCAGGCAUACAAACAUCAGUCACAAUGUAUACAAUCUGUGGUGAAAAUGUUACAGCAACUAAAGGAAGAGAAUUGGUGUCUGCCUGUAAUGUACACAGCUUGUUUGGAUUUGAGGAUAUUGGCACAGAGAUGUGAAGAACUGGGCAAUAGCUCCAAACCGGGCGAAAUUCUGGAGAAAGCAGCUGAUUGCCUUAUGAGUUGUUUCCGUGUAUGUGCUGCUGAUAAUAGGUCUUCUGACAACGAGACAAAGCGACUGGGCAUGUUACAUUUGGUGAAUCAACUGUUUAAAGUGUAUUUUCGCAUCAACAAAUUACAUUUGUGUAAACCAUUAAUACGUGCCAUCGAUUCGAGUGCAUUCAAAGACAUGUUUCCGUUGCCAGAACGUAUCACUUACAAGUAUUUCGUUGGACGAAAAGCCAUGUUUGACUCUGACUACAAGAGCGCCGAUGAAUUUCUGUCAUUUGCAUUUAAGCACUGCCCCAAAAACUUUCCUCGCAACAAAAGACUGAUUCUCAUCUAUUUGGUGCCCGUUAAGAUGCUUCUUGGCUUCUUGCCCAAAAAAUACAUAUUGGAACGUUACGACGUUUUACAAUUUCACGAAUUGGCUGAGGCCCUAAAAGAGGGCAAUGUUCGUAAAUUCGAUGAUGUGAUACAGCGACAUGAGAUAUUCUUCAUUAAAUGUGGUAUAUAUUUGUUGGUGGAAAAACUUAAAUUUAUCGUCUACCGUAAUCUCUUCAAGAAAGUCUAUUUAAUUAAACAAACGCAUCAGUUGGACUUGAAUGCAUUUAGUUCGGCACUGCAGUUUGUUGGCGAGACUGAUAUGACAAUUGAUGAGACACACUGUAUAGUGGCCAAUUUAAUAUUUGAAGGAAAAAUCAAAGGAUAUAUAUCACAUAGCCACAAUAAACUUGUGGUGUCUAAACAAAAUCCAUUUCCCCCAUUGAAUACCGUAUCUUGAGAAAUUGAAUAAAAAUUAACAUUAAGAAAAAAUUAUAAUUAUGCUUAAGUAAAUCUAAAGAGAUUUUUUUACAUACAUUACAAAAUUGUUUUAAACGUUUUUUAAUAAAGAAAAUGUAAUGAAAAUGUACAA